AAAGGAAGAGUCCGAUCAGGCAGCCCGCGAAGUAGAAGAGCUGCUAUCUGGUGCAGAAGCAGCAGGGACCCGACAGACUAAUAACUCCGCGAGCAUAACGAGUUCGAUGAUCUCCGCGCUGAAGAGCGUAAAGGUCGAACUCACCAGCGCGCCCUUCCAUUGCAUCGCGGAAGAGAGCGACAACCACAAGCAGAGCGAUGUUGAAAAGUUCGUGUUCUGGCAGUUACGCGAUGGCGAGAGGGCCUAUGCAGAGUCGAUCAACCACACAGAGAGGGUGGGGCACCUCUUCCAGGAGGUUGUGAAUUUCUUGAGAGUGGAUCUGCACCAGGCUGAGAAGGUUGAGGACGAAGACCAAGCAAAGGCCAUGCAGACCGAGAUCGCGAAGCUGGAGUCUACGGCCGAGACCCUGGUGAAGCUCCGCUCGGACUUUGCAACCUCGAAGGCAAGACUCGGGAGGAUCAAGGCCGCCAUUUUCCUCAGCUGGAAGCUGAGCGCCGGCGACUCCACGCCAGACCCAGGCGUUGUUGCGAAGUACCGCGCGCAGUUCUCGCACAACAAGAAGCAGAUGGAACAGUCACAGGAGGAGAGGGCCAGCUUCCUUGAGGAGGCGCAGAACCAGGUCGAGCGCCUCCUGAACAAUUACCCGCACGCUGAGCAGAGGGAUGAUGACAACAAUGGCGUGGUGGACGGGUAUGCAGGCGUUCGGGAGCUCGGAGACAUCGUCACUGAGGAC